CCAAUCAAAAAUAAGGAUACUAGCAUGUGGAGCGGCUACCUAGAAGAGCCUAGUUGCUACAGCAUCGUCCUUAGUGUCUUACCAGGCAAGAAAGAUGGAGGAAAUAGAAGAAUCUCCUCCCGUUUCUGAAGAUCUGCUGCCCUGCAAAAUAUGCGGAAGAAGUUUUUUCUCAAAGGUUCUUAAAAAACAUACGCCGAUCUGCCAGAAGACAGUGGCAAAGAAAAGGAAGGUGUUCGACUCCAGCAGGCAAAGAGCAGAGGGGACCGAUAUUUCUACAGUCAAACCCAUAAAACCAAAGUUACAAAGUUCUUCCAGCAGCUCUAAGUCUGAUAAACCUGAACCACCGAAGAAGCAGUCCAAUUGGCGGCGAAAACAUGAAGAAUUUAUUGCCACCAUUCGCGCUGCCAAAGGUUUAAAUCAAGUCAUGAAAGACGGUGGACCACUUCCUCCACCCCCUCCUCCGUCCUAUGAUCCAGAUUAUAUCCAGUGUCCCUAUUGCCAGCGACGCUUCGGUGAGAAUGCGGCGGAUCGCCACAUCAAGUUCUGUAAAGAGCAAGCGUCCAGAAUCUCCAACAAGGGCAAGUUUUCUGGGAGUGAUAAAGCCAAACCCGCAGCCAGGACCCAGUACAAACCUCCUGCACCAAAGAAGACAAACUCUCCUGCCGUAUCCACAGUGUCCACCGCGUCUUCUCGUCUACCUCAGCGCUCAGCUUAUGGGCAGGGUGCUGGCACAGGUAUUCCUAGCAGCAAAACCUCAUCCACUGUCUCAGUGAGGAGCGUAUCAUCAGGAUACUCUCCAUUACGGAACACCUCCUCUGGCUUGACCAGCCCUCCAUCCGAAGGGAACAUGAAACCCAAGGGUGUGGUUUCACAAAGCUCACUGAGAAAUCCACCUUCUGGUAUAGGCAUGAACAAGAAGAAGGUCCAAAAUGCAGACAACUGUAUUUCAAGGAAUGAUGUGAAAACCGAAAAUGAAAUAGAUUUUUCCACAACGGGCACCAAGUUUUGUCACGAGUGUGGGACCAAGUACCCUGUGGACUGGGCCAAGUUCUGCUGCGAGUGUGGAGUGAAACGAAUGUACAUUUAAUAAACACUCAUAAAAGUAAGACUGACUCACUGUAGCCGCAAAAACUGAGUAUUCCUUUCCAACUCACUAGUGUACUUGACGAAUCCUUGUGCUGUAGAAAUACUUCACUUGUAAUCAGCUUAUGUUUCUAUGGAAUGAAUCCCAUCCCAACCUUAUGCUCAGUUUUUUUUUUUAAAUAUGAAAGUGCAAUAUGAUUGGUUACUGGUACAAAAGGAGUAGUAUUAUCACCAUUAUAGUUAUGAUGAAAAUAUUGAUAUGUUAAAUUGACUUAAAUUAAUUCAGGCCCUAAAAAUGGGACCAUACCACACAAAAUGCCACUAUUCUAAUGUUAACAGGGAAAUGUCUUAGUGUCAUUUUGAGGGAAUUUAAAUGCUAUUAUUUUAUUUAAAACCUUUUCAUUAGGUUAAAAAAAAGAGUCCUAUUUUAAAUGCAUUGACGACAGUUCUUUCACUGAGCAAUCUGCUUUUGUAUUUCACUUUGUUUUUAUAUGUUCUUGAUUGUUUUGUGUGUUUUUAACAGUAUUGAACAUGAAAAUGACUUGUAGAAAUCAACAUCAUAUAUUUAUUAGAUAUACAAUCCAUCACAUCUGUUCAACCUUGGUUGAUUUAGUCUGUCCAACAUAUUUACACAUCAACACAACAUUCAAAACUUAAAGGCAACUGAAAUGUCUUGUCACAUCCUUCAAGAGCAUCCAACAUUUAAAACCAUACAAAAAGUAGCUUUACAAUGGUAUUUUAUUGCUUCAGAGCCUUUAAGCUUUAUCACUGCUGUUCCAGGAUGAGAGAGGUCGAGGCGUUGGUGUGUGUUUGUGCCGAUCUCAAGCUCAUGUGCAUUUCAGGCAUCACUCUGUACCUUGUUAUGCUUGUGCUACUGCUGCUCUGGCAGGAAAUAUAGCUUAUGAAUAACUGCUAUAUGGAUUAUGACAAAUUUUGCCUUUUAAAGGACUGAAUGGUUACAAUGGAUAAAUAAAGUGGAAACAGAACUCA